AUGUUUGAAUACGUCGAGUUCCCGCCUCAACCCAUCGUCAAAGCACACCUCGUAAUCAACUCGGUCCUGGCUCUUCUGACGGUAGCGGUAGUGGUCCUCCGCCUCGUGGCUCGCUUCCUGUCCGGCGCCGGGCUCUGGUGGGAUGAUUACCUCAUCCUGUUCGCCCUGCCUCAGGGGCUAGGUAUGGUCAUCAUUCAGGGAAUGUGGGCCCCAAUGGGAGUUGGCUACAACAUGCCCGAGACGCUACCGAACUUGGAGACGAUUCUCAAGAUGCUGGUCGCCUACGAGCUCAUCUUCUCGACCACCAUCAGCACCAUCAAGAUCAGCGUCCUGAUUUUCUACCUCCGCGUCUUUGUGAACCGAAGCCUGCGCAUAGCCACCAAGGCCACCCUGGUUUUUGUCAUGCUCUGGAGCGUUGGUAAUACCCUCCAGGUCUUCCUCAUCUGCCGACCCUUCGCCAAGACGUACAGUCUGACCGUCGAGGGCGUCUGUGGUGACCAGAUUGCCUCCUUUAUUGCCAUCGGCGCGUUCAACAUCAUCACCGACCUGAUCAUCUUGACACUGCCGCUGCCAACCGUCUGGUCAUUGAAAAUGUCGACACCGGCUAAGUUGGGUCUGACGGGCGUCUUCCUCGUUGGUUUGAUUGUCAGCGUAAUAGCAAUCAUCCGCAUCGUUACCCUAACCCAGCUCGACCUGAUGAACCUCACGGGGACCAUGAUCUGGGCGGAUUUCUGGUCGGCCACCGAGCCCAACUUGGGCAUCUUGUGCGUCAGUCUGCCCAUGCUGGGCUCGCUCUGGUCACGCUGCGUUGCGACCCGCCGGGGCGAAUCCAAGCUCGCAUACCACUCUGAAAACGCCACCAACGGCAGCACAGGGUUCAGCAAGCUGAAGAAUCAGAGUCAGAUUGACGACUGUCAGGAGAUCCCGCUGGAGAACCUCUACGCUGCCAACCAGGAGGUGCAUUUCCAGUCGGCGGUCACGACGCGGGCGAACCCCGAGCUCGACUCGGAUAGAGCUGCGGAUACGGACAGGGACAAGGAUACUGGGUCUGAGGUAUCCCUGACGGAUCGGGCGCACCACCGACAUGACCCGGGUAACGGCAUCAGGGUGCAGACGAAGUGGACCAUCUCGCGAGACUGA